AUGAACAAAUGCACGGAAUCAAAAUAUUCCCUUUUGGACUGCAAGGGACCAGUAUCGGAAUUCAUAAAACUUGUUUCAGCGGAGGGAGCAGAGUUCAUUGUGAAGCGCAAGCAUGCCUUCAUCUCAGACACCAUCCAAGCUAUGCUCUCCGGUCCGGGUCAAUUUUCCGAAACCGAAACAAAUAUCAUCCAUUUCAAGGAAAUAUCAUCUACAAUACUCGAAAAGAUAUGCGAAUACUUAGCAUUUAAACAUCGCUACAUGAACAGCCUGGAGGAGGUCCCCGAAUUUCCCAUUUCAGAUAAUAUUGUGAUCGAGCUGUUGAUGGCUGCCGAUUUCUUGAAUAUAUGA